AUGACCGCCUCGUCUCGUCCUGCCGCCAUCGACGCCGGCUUUGCUCCACCACUGCCACCGCCGCCGCCGCCCCAGAUCGCAUCGAAUCAGACCUCUCAAGUGCUGACCACUGUCCUCUCUGCAUUGCAUCCCCCAGAAAGAGUCUCUUCACCGACCCUUUCUUCUUCCCAUUCUUUCCUUCUUCACCUCAUCUUCUUUCUUUACCCUUCUUUUCUUCAAGGGAACCUCACGGCUACGAUGUCUUCCACCGAGUCUCCCGCUGCUGCCCCCGCCGAGGCCGUCCCCGCCUCCAACCCCGCUCCCGCCACCGAGCAGCCGGCUGCCGGCAACGGCGAGCAGGCCAACCGCAACGCCGAUGCCGCCGCCAACAACACCUCGCUCUACGUCGGCGAGCUCGACCCCUCGGUCACCGAGGCCAUGCUCUUCGAGAUCUUCAACAUGAUCGGUCCCGUCGCCAGCAUCCGCGUCUGCCGUGACGCCGUGACGCGUCGCUCGCUCGGCUACGCCUACGUCAACUUCCUCAACGCCGCCGACGGCGAGCGCGCCAUGGAGCAGCUCAACUACUCGCUCAUCCGCAACCGCCCCUGCCGCAUCAUGUGGUCCCAGCGCGACCCCGCCCUCCGACGCACCGGCCAGGGCAACAUCUUCAUCAAGAACCUCGACGCCGGCAUCGACAACAAGGCGCUCCACGACACCUUCGCCGCCUUCGGCAACAUCCUCUCCUGCAAGGUCGCCACCAGCGAGUCCGGCUCGCUCGGCUACGGUUUCGUCCACUACGAGACCGCCGAGGCCGCCGACGCCGCCAUCAAGCACGUCAACGGCAUGCUGCUCAACGACAAGAAGGUCUACGUCGGCCACCACAUCCCGCGCAAGGAGCGCCAGGCCAAGAUCGAGGAGUCGCGCGCGCGCUUCACCAACGUCUACUGCAAGAACGUCGACGCCGACGUCACCGACGACGAGUUCGAGAAGCUCUUCACCAAGUACGGCAAGAUCACCUCCUGCGUCCUCCAGCGCGACGACGACGGCAAGUCCAAGGGCUUCGGCUUUGUCAACUUUGAGAACCACGACGAGGCUCAGACCGCCGUCGACGAGCUGCACGACUCGGACUUCAAGGGCCAGAAGCUGUUUGUCGCGCGUGCCCAGAAGAAGAGCGAGCGCGAGGAGGAGCUGCGCCGCUCGUACGAGGCCGCCAAGAACGAGAAGCUCGCCAAGUUCCAGGGCGUCAACCUGUACCUCAAGAACAUCCCCGAGUCGUACGACGACGAGCGUCUGCGCGACGAGUUCGCCCCCUUCGGCGCCAUCACCUCGUGCAAGAUCAUGCGCGCCCCCUCGGGCGUCUCGCGCGGCUUUGGCUUUGUGUGCUACUCGGCGCCCGAGGAGGCCAACAAGGCCGUCUCGGAGAUGAACGGCAAGAUGCUCGACAACCGCCCGCUCUACGUUGCGCUCGCCCAGCGCAAGGACGUGCGUCGCCAGCAGCUCGAGGCGCAGAUCAUGCAGCGCAACCAGCUGCGUUUGCAGCAGCAGGCCGCUGCCCAGGGCAUGGGCUAUCCCGGCCCUGGCAUGUACUACCCGCAGCCCGGCGCGUUCCCCGGCCAGCCUGGCGGCAUGGUUCCCCGCCCGCGCUACGCGCCGGCCGGCAUGAUGCCCCAGGGCAUGCCCAUGGCUCCCUACGGCCAGCCCGGCCAGUUCCCCGCCGGCAUGAUGCCCCAGGGCUACCGCCCUGCCCGCCCGCCUCGCGGUGCGCCCAACGCUGCCGGUGGUCCCGCUUCCCCCGCCGGUGCUCGUCCCCCCGCUGGCGUCAACGGUGCUCCUCGCCCCGCUGGCCAGCCUGUCCCUGGCCAGCCCAUGCCCCGUGGCCCCGGUGCGCGCCCCGCCGGUCGCGCUCAGGGCGACGAGGCUCCCGGUGCUCUGACCGCCGCUGCGCUCGCCAAGGCGAGCCCCGACGAGCAGAAGCAGAUGCUGGGCGAAGCCAUCUACCCCAAGGUGGCGGCUAGCCAGCCCGAGCUCGCGGGUAAGCUGACCGGAAUGAUCCUCGAGCUGCCCGUGACGGAGCUGCUGCACCUGCUCGAGGAGAGCGAGGCGCUCGACGCCAAGGUGAGCGAGGCACUCGAGGUGCUCAAGGAGUACCAGCAGAACGAGCCCGCUGCCCCCGAGGCCGAGGCUGAGACGCCUGCCACCGAAGCCUAA